AUGACUUAUGAUAAUCCAAAUUUAAUAUAUAGUCAUUGUAUGGCUCAUGUGCUUAAUUUGGUCAUAGAGGAUUCAACUGAGAGCUGUUUAUUGGCCGAAAAUCUUUAUGGAUUAUUGGAAGAAACUGCUGUAUUUUUAUCAAACUCUCAUAAAAGAAUAUACAUUCUUUCUUUUUAUCUGGAAAACACAAACUAAUAAAGUAUAUUUUUAUUGCCUUUAUAUGUUUAUGAUAGAGGUAUUUAUAUUGUAAUAUAUUUUACCAAAUUACAGGAGAACAACACAAAACACAUGCUAAACUGUAUCGCAUUCGAAAAAUUUGUGAAACUCGUGAGUGGAGUAAACAUAAGGCACUCGCAUCUAUUAUUGACCCAGAAGAAGAUGUUUUAGAGUCAUGUAAAUUUUGCAAUUUUCAUCUGUUUCUGGUAGAAGUUAUAGGUGGUAGUUUUGAUAGUAAGACUAAAUUUACGGCUCAUACACUGUUAGAAACGUGGAGUCAAUUUCAAACAUCAUUUGCAGCCAUGAUAAUUUUAAAUUUAUUUUCUAUUACUUCCCCUGUAUCUAAGUUUUUACAGUCGUAUGCAUUGGAUUAUUUAAGAGCAUAG